AUAAAAUUAUAUCAACGAAAAAUAUGCGGAUGUGGACUAGCUUAAAUAGUUGGUAAAGUAUUAAAAGAAUAGCAUUCAAUACUAGAUCGAAUCUCAUCUACAUCAAUUUGUCGCAUUUUUCUUUAUGGCUCUCUCUAAACCCACAUAAAAAAACACACACACACACAAACUAAAGGGAGAUCACCUAUAAAAUACAGAAUAAAACUACUAAAACAUGCCAACACGGUGGUAUAGUUUAAGGAGCAAGAAAAUGGAUGAAACAUGGUUCUAUGUUUUGUCUCUCUUUGCCAUUAUACAACUAAUUCUGAUAUUCUCCUUCCAACAACAAACUAAAAAAAGGCACAAAAUUCUGCCACCAAGUCCUCCAUCUCGUCCCAUAAUAGGUCAUCUUCAUCUACUCAAAAGCCCGAUCAUUCAUCGCACCUUACAACGUCUUUCCUUGCAGUAUGGUUCUAUUUUCUCUCUAAAACUCGGGUUUCUUCCCUUCGUUGUCAUAUCUUCACCCAUUGCUGUCGAAGAAUGUUUCACGAAAAACGACAUUGUCUUAGCCAAUAGGCCUCAAGUUCUCGCCGGAAAACACCUACAUUACAACUGGACCACCCUUGGAGCCGCCUCGUACGGUCCAUUGUGGCAGAACCUACGUAGGUUAACCACCCUGGAGCUGUUCUCGAGUAACCGGUUGAAGUCAUUCGCGGGUAUAAGAGCACAAGAAGUUAGAUCCUUGGUCAAAGCGUUGUUUGGAGGAACCUUACUAAGAAACGGAGGAAGUAGCCAAUCAGAAAAAUAUGGUAAAGUUGAAAUGGAGUCGAAAUUUUCAGGGUUGUCCUUUAACAUUUUAACUAGGAUAUUAACUGGGGAAAAAUACAUAUCCUUUAGUGAUGAAAAUGAUGAUGAUGAUGCUCGCCAAGAAGCUGACAAGUUUCUUGGGUUAAUGAGGGAAGUUUUCAAGCUUACCGGAGUGUCGAAUAUGGUUGAUUGUUUGCCGGUAUUUAGGUGGAUUAAUUUUCGAAACGUCGAAGGAAGGAUGGUGGCAGCAAGGAAAAAGAUGGAUGAUUUUCUAGAUGGUCUAAUAGAAGAGUGUAGGAAGAAGAGGACCCAAAAUGGAGAGAAGAAGACAACAGCCAUGAUUUAUAAGUUGCUGGAUUUGCAAGAGUUUGAGCCUGCUAAUUACUCUGAUCAAUUAAUCAAGGGGAUCAUUAUGGUAAUAUUGAUAGCAGGAACAGAUACAUCAGCUGUUACAAUGGAAUGGGCUUUAUCGUUAUUGUUAAACCACCCUAAUGUACUCCAAAAGGCAAGAGAAGAAAUAGACAAUUAUAAAGGCAUUAAUAAUGAUGAACUUGUAGAAGAAGUUGAUCUCCCUAACCUUCCUUACCUCCAAUGCAUCAUCAACGAGACACUUCGACUCUUCCCAGCAGCUCCAUUACUAAUCGCACACCAAGCAUCCGAAGAUAUAACCAUUUCAGGGUACAACAUCGACAAAGGUAAAUCUAUAUUGAUCAACGCGUGGGCAAUUCAUAGAGAUCCAAGUAUAUGGGAGGACCCAUUGAGCUUUAGGCCCGAGAGGUUUGAAGGGUUAAAGAGCGAAGAUUAUAGAUUCACUUUUAUCCCAUUCGGGCUAGGGAGGAGGUCUUGCCCCGGGGCGACUCUUGCUAAUAGACUGAUAGGACUAACUUUGGCAACUUUGAUUCAAUGUUUUGAUUGGGAAAGGGUUGAUGAAAACAAUGUAGAUUUAACUGAAGGUCCUGGACUAACAAUGCCCAAGGCUAAACCACUUGUAGCUAUGUGUAGAGCACGUAAGAGCAUUAUAAAUGUCUUAUCCAAUAUGUAACGUUGGAAUGUUGGAUCGCUCAAGACCAACGUUACACCAGUUUUGAGCGAUCCAUCAAGGCCCUGAAAUAACAAUAUGUAAUUUAUGUACCAGGGUAUACAAUGUUUAAUGUGCACCUAAUUUCAUAAGGUAGUUUUCGUAAACAGUUGUCUAAGAAUACUAAAUACUCCAGUA